CUCCAGCACCGAGCUGCGAAUGGCCGAUACUACUGAUCAGGACCCUCCCAUAUUUAUGGGGGCUCAUCUCUCCCUUGUCCAUGUGGUCAGCAUCUGCCCAGGGGAACCACCGCAUCCGCAUAACUUCCGUCAUGGAAUCUCAAUAUGUGGCUUUUCACAUUUCCCGGAAGCCUACCGGCUCCAACAAUCACGUUGUCAAGGAAACAGAAAGGAGCGCAUCUGGUUGCCAUGGACAUGGGUCUCGGGUCGGGUGGGCUGUUUGGGCGAUAUGCAUGUUUUCCGUCGGUGUCAACGUCGUGUUGCUGAUGAUGUAUAUCGGGCUGCAGAGGGAGGUGGACAGACAGAAAGGAGUUGUUGAUAAUAUUAACACCUUCCUGACCAAUCAGGAUGCAAGGGACAGCUUCAGGCAGGACCAGUCGCUGGGUCAGCCAGGCCAAGAAGCCGACGGGAAACUACGCGUGUCCACAAGAAGCUAUGGAAGUCAGCCCACCGGUAACCGUGAAAACAGGCGAAAUAGACGCAAUGCACGACGCAACAGACGCUGUUCCUGCAACAUGGACGUCAUCAGGCGUAACCUGGAGAACAACCCCCCAGCUUUUCAGUACCCGCCAAGACCCGCCGUCCACCUCAAGGGGCUCUCGCCCGCCAGGAACGGCUCAGCACAUCACGGCCAAAUACAUGACUUCAUACAAUGGGUACGGCCAAUGCCUGCCACCUACAGCUUCGAUGUUCUUCCCUCACAUAACCACCGCGUCGAGGGUCUGGUCAUCAAGUACAGUGGGACUUACUUCAUCUACUCACAAGUCGCCUUGAACGGAAAAACUAUUGAGAACACGGCGUUACCAGAAUGCGGACAUGAGAUCAUCAGAGAACGGCCAAAUGAAGACCCUCGAUUCCUCCUGCUGGUGAGAAGUGUCGCCACACAGGACCGAGAGGGCAGCUUCUACCCCCGGAGCAACGUGGAGGGGGGUCGUGUCUACCCCUUGGACACCCAGCUGCAGGCGGGACUAUUCGGGCUGGUGCGAGGCGACAUACUCAGGGUUCGAGUCUCCAACUACUGUAAGCGGUAUUCACGUGUCCGGAUGAACGAAGAGUUCACUUACUUCGGUGCCUUCAUGGUCAACGAUUCGCCAAUGUGAGGAGGGGGAUGUCACGUGACCAGACAAUCCACGAGACAAUCACUGCACUGUGGGGAGCUUGCACGGGUCGCAUUGGGAGAACGUCAUUGAAUGACCUUUGUGACAAGGUUUGAAUACUGAAACCAAGUUUCUCGGCGCCUUGCCUCGAACUUACUCCUAGCCUUUGAAGUCGUGCAUUAACAGAAACGAUGUGUUGACAAGGUUUUGUGUGCAUUAAGUCGUGUAUAAUAGAUAACACUGUGUUCUCUGCGUUAUUUCCUGCAUCUAAAGUCGUGUAUCAACGUAAAGAAAUGUGUCAAAUUACUUUCUGUCGUGUGAAAAGACAUUUUUAAUUGUGUUAUUCGCGAGGACAACUGUAUAAAAUUAAAUUAAAAAAAAUACCAAACCAUUAUUCAAUUGGCAAAAUCCAUUACCUCGAAUUUGAUAGUGGUCUCCCACUUUGUAGGAAAUCCACCUCUAUUGUAGCAUCAUUUUGGAGGGAAUUCUCCUCUAUUGUAUUAUCACACCCAUGGAAAAUCCAUUCUCCCGAAUUAUAUAGUGGUCUGCCUCUGUCUUCUGAUCUGACUGGUUCUGUAUUCGCCACGACGAAUGUGUCAUUCCCCUCUACUGUAGCAUCACCCCGUGGGAAUUCCCCUCUAUUGCAGCAUCACCUCGUGGGGAUUCCCCUCUAUUGCAGCAUCACCCCUUGUUCAUUUCCCUCUAUUGCAGCAUCACCCCUUGUUCAUUCCCCUCUAUUGUAGCAUAACCCCUUGGGAAUUCCCCUCUAUUGUAGCAUCACCCCUUGUUCAUUCCCCUCUAUUGUAGCAUCACCCCUUGGGAAUUCCCCUCUAUUGUAGCAUCACCCCUUGUUCAUUCCCCUCUAUUGCAGCAUCACCCCUUGGGAAUUCCCCUCUAUUGUAGCAUCACCCCUUGUUCAUUCCCCUCUAUUGUAGCAUCACCCCUUGUUCAUUCCCCUCUAUUGUAGCAUCACCCCUUGGGAAUUCCCCUCUAUUGUAGCAUCACCCCUUGUUCAUUCCCCUCGAUUGUAGCAUCACCCCUUGGGAAUUCCCCUCUAUUGUAGCAUCACCCCUUGUUCAUUCCCCUCUAUUGUAGCAUCACCCCUUGGGAAUUCCCCUCUAUUGCAGCAUCACCCCUUGUUCAUUCCCCUCUAUUGUAGCAUCACCCCAUGGGAAUUCCCCUCUAUUGUAGCAUCACCCCUUGGGAAUUCCCCUCUAUUGUAGCAUCACCCCUUGGGAAUUCCCCUCUAUUGUAGCAUCACCCCUUGGGAAUUCUCCUCUAUUGUAGCAUCACCCCUUGGGAAUUCCCCUCUAUUGUAGCAUCACCCCAUGGGAAUUCCCCUCUAUUGUAGCAUCACCCCUUGGGAAUUCCCCUCUAUUGUAGCAUCACCCCUUGGGAAUUCCCCUCUAUUGUAGCAUCACCCCUUGGGAAUUCUCCUCUAUUGUAGCAUCACCCCUUGGGAAUUCCCCUCUAUUGUAGCAUCACCCCUUGGGAAUUCCCCUCUUUUGUAGCAUCACCCCUUGGGAAUUCCCCUCUAUUGUACCAUCACCUCGUGGGAAUUCCCCUCUAUUGUAGCAUCACCUCGUGGGAAUUCCCCUCUAUUGUACAAUCAUAUCGUGGGAAUUCCCCUCUAUUGCAGCAUCACCCCGUGUGGAUUCCUCUCUAUUGUACUAUCACCUCGUGGGAGUACCCUCUCAUGUACCAUCACCUCGUUGGAGUACCCUCUAUUGUACCAUCACCCCGUGGGAAUUGCCCUCUAUUGUACCAUCACCCCGUGGGAAUUGUCGUCUAUUGUACCAUCAUCUCGUGGGAAUUGCCCUCUAUUGUACCAUCAUCUCGUUGGAAUUCCCCUCUAUUGUACCAUCAUCUCGUGAGAAUUCUCCUUUAUUGUACCAUCAUCUCGUGGGAAUUCCCCUCUAUUGUACAAUCAUAUCGUGGGAAUUCCCCACUUUUGUAUCAUCACCCCAUGGGAAUUCCCCUCUUUUGUGACAUCAGCCCGUGGGAAUUCCCCUCAAUUGUUCCAUCACCCCUUGGGGAUUUCCCUCUAUUGCACCAUCACUUUGUAGGUAAUUCCCCUCUAUUGCACCAUCACCUCGUGGGAAUUCCCCUCUAUUGUUCCAUCACCUCUUGGGGAUUCCCCUCUAUUGCACCAUCACUUUGUAGGUAAUUCCUCUCUAUGUACCACAACCCCUUGGGGAUUCUAAAUAUGAAGUGAAUUGUACUUUAAUUACUUGAUCAUGACUUAAGCUGAGAGAAGCUCUUGUUUUCCUCCCGUCCUUCUGUCCAAAUAUUAACUUGCUGUGGAGUUAUACAUUCCGUUUAUUUUCUGUCAGGGGGAAAUAUAUUGUCCCAGAUUGUCGUGUUUAUAUGUAUGUUGUUAUGGGCCUAAUGGACUUGCCAUGUCGGUUGUUUAUUCACUUGUUGUUUUUGAAUGUUUAAUAUUACACUGUACAUCAAUGUAAGCCAUUAGUACAUCCCUGGGUGUGCAAAAAAUCGAGGUUUGUCAAAACCCGUCCUGGAGGGUUUCCCGAAGUGUUGAACACCUAACACAUCACUGCUACUUUCCCCCACCAAGCUGACGCGCCGUGAUAUAACUGAAAUAUUGUUCCAAGAGGCGCUAAACCCAACUCACUCACUCACUCACUCACUCACACAACACUUGAUACAAUCUGAACAAUGAACUGUAUGUUUGCCAUAGUGCAAUGUGUGUACGGAGAGGGACGUGCGAUACUUUUCCCGAUCCAUUUGUACUCUUGAGACAAUAAAAUAUGAUUAAACCAAA